CCUGGGUACCCUGGCUCACCGGGACCUGAAGGUAUGGCUGGUAUGAAGGGAACGAAAGGUGAGCCAGGAAAACCAGGUAAAACAGGUGCACCGGGUGAAUACGGCCAAACAGGUGGCCAGGGGAGGACAGGGUUCAAAGGAGACAAGGGUGAACCAGGGAAGCCGUGUAGCUGUGCAGGCGGCGUGUUGAGCGCGCACGGCCGACUAACAGAUGCACCGUUCGUGGCGUUCUCCGCCGCCUUAGCUAACCGGAUCGUCAACGUCCUGGAAAAUACCAUCGUGAAGUACAACAUCCUCCACACCAACGAGGGGAGGGCGUACGAUAUGGCAACGGGGAAGUUCACGACUCCAAUUCCUGGGUACUACAUGUUCACGUACUCUGGCAUGACGACAAGCGUGAAGGGCUCCGCCUACUGGAGUCGGCUGGUACUGCACGGAGAACCUGUGAUCAGUCUGUAUGACAAGUCGGUGGGAGAACAUCUCUCCAGCAGUAACAGCGUCAUCUUGUUACUGAAGCCUGGGGACGAGGUUUGGGUGGAGCUGGACGCUCGUUCCUCCAUGUGGGGGGACUACACGGGUUACGUCACGUUCUCAGGGUACCUCAUCCACCAUGUGUAACAGCCAGGUCACACACGUCGUACGA